UGUUUUUAAUCUUUCUCUGUCCUGUUAAGCUUUCUUUUUGUACAGAGUAAUGCAAUGAAACCUUUGACUGUGUGGACUCGAUUCUCGUUUCUACAAAGGGUCACAUAAAGCUGUCGCGCGACUCAGCCAUAUCAUGUCUUUUGCUUAACCGAGCUCAGGACAAGAGGGCAAAAUCACCGGUGGUGCAGGUACCUUAGAGGUUGGUGUUAGGAGUGGGUGGGGUCGCUGAUCCGUCUGUUUGAAGCAAAGAGUUGGAGCAGGGCGGAAACGAGGUGCGCUGGAGACACGGAGGUGACGACUUCGUUAAGGACGGUCCAGAAAGUAUAGGAUACAGUCAAGAAAUGUACAUGGGUCACAACCUCUGCCCAUGUUUGCCUUGACCCCUGACACGUGACCAGAUGUUGACAGACCAGCUAACUACAAGGUGUCCCAACAUGCACCCAGAUAUCUGUCUCACCCUCCUUUUCUCUCUGCUCCUCCUUCAAGUAGUUCAGCAGGGCACCUCUGUGCAGGAGAUCCAAACCAGCCAUGAGAAUAUUGUUAAGAUCAACUCAGCAGCAGAAAUGAUGCAGUGCUCAGCAGCCAUGGAUAUCCUCUUUCUCAUGGAUGGCUCGUACAGCAUAGGGAAAGGCAGCUUUGAGAGGUCCAAACACUACGCAGUCAAACUGUCUCAAGCUUUAAAUAUUGGACCAGACAAGGUGCGAGUCGGUUUGAUUCAGUUUGGCUCCACUCCUCGGUUGGAGUUUUCCUUGGACUCAUGCUCCACCAGACAGGAGCUGAAGAAGCACAUGAAAAAGGUGUUUUACAGGGGAGGCAGCACCCAGACAGGCCUGGCUUUAAAAUAUAUCCUAAGGAAAGGUUUUCCAGGCGGCCGUAACUCCACCAGUGUCCCCCGCAUCGCCAUCCUCCUGUCUGAUGGGAGGUCUCAGGGCAACGUGGCCCAGGCAGCUGCACAGCUCAAAGAGACCGGCGUGAUCUUGUUUGCUGUGGGAUUGCGCUAUCCCAGGUGGGAGGAGCUACAUUCUGUGGCUAGUGAGCCAGUGGAGAGCCAUGUUUUCUUUGCUGAGCAUUUUAAUGACGCUGUCAAUGGCCUUUGCACCACACUGAGCACUUUCUCUAUCUGCAGUGCUACACCUACAGGUUGUCACGUGGAGUCAUUACCCUGUGAGAGGAAGACGCUGGAGACGGUGAAAGAGCUACAUGGAAAUUUUAUGUGCUGGAAAGGCUCUAAGGGGUAUUACCCAUACACGUCUCUCUGCCCCUACUAUAGGUACAACAAGGUUUACAAGACACACCCUACAGUUUGCCAUAGAACUAUCUGUCCAGAUCCUUGUGACUCUCAGCCCUGUCUGAAUGGUGGGACAUGUGUAUCAGAAGGUCCAAAGGGGUACCACUGUGUAUGUCCUCCUGGUUAUGGAGGAGACCCACACUGUGCUCCUGCAUUAUCUCUGGAUUGCUCGGUGGAUUUGCUCUUCCUUCUGGAAGGCUCUGACGCGCUCAGUUUAGAAGGCUUCCUCCGCCUCAGGUCCUUCCUAAAACGCUUCCUGCAGACUGUGAUUGGAUCUGACAGCCCCAGCAAAGUUGGCCUGGCGGUGUUUGGGGGAGAAACUCGAGUGGAAGCACAAGUUGGGAAGUUUAAAGGGAACCUAAAGGGUCUCCUUAAGGCUGUAGAUGCACUCCAACCCAUCGGAGGCCAGACCCUGACCGGGAAGGCGCUCCGCUAUGUUACUCGUCACGGCUUUGUGAGCGAGCCAGUCUUUGCAGACGUCUCAGAUGAUCUCCCCCGCGUGGUAGUGCUGCUCACUGCCACGCCUGCUGCUGAUGAUGUUAUCGAGGCCUCUAAAUAUGCACGAGAUAGAGAGAUCUUCCUGAUAGGUGUGGGACCAGAUAAAUUAAAGUGGCAGCUGAAUAAUAUCACAGGAAAUCCCCAGAGGACUCUUACGUACACAUCACCUGAUCGGCUCACUGGGAAGAUACCUGAGUUAAAGGCCAAGAUCUGCAGUGUGGACACACAAGGUUGUUUGGGUCAAGCUGUAGACCUGGUGUUCGCCCUUGAUGCCUCAGCCGGUGUCGGCCGUGAGAACUUCGCUACCCUGCAGGACUUUGUGCGUAGCCUCACUGUGCAGUUUGACAUCAACCGCGACGUAGCUCAAGUAGCUCUCGUGGUCUACAGCCGGCGAGCCACCACCGUCUUUGGGCUGGAUGUCCACGACAGCGGCUCCACCAUCCUCAAAGCUGUAGGUGAUUCCAGCUACAAGGGUGGAGUGGCUUCGACAGGUACAGCUUUACUCCAUGUUCACUCGAAUGUCCUUACCGUAGCCAAUGGUGCACGACCAGGAGUCAACAAGGCUGUGGUGGUGGUAACGGACGGUUCAGGAGGGGAUGAUGCUGUUGUGCCAGCUCAAAAAUUAAGAGAGAACGGAGUUUCAAUUUUCGUGGUUGGUAUUGGAGACAUGCAGAGAGAGAGGCUGAUGCAGAUUGCAGGAUCAGAGGAGCACCUGAUCUCAGUGCCGUCUUAUGAGGAUCUCAAGUACUUUGAGGAUGUGCUGGUGCAGAUGCUGUGCUCAGAGGUGAAGAAACCAGUAAACCUGUGCAAGCCCAACCCAUGUAUGCAUGAUGGGAUCUGCAUCAUGUCAGGCGGGAGCUUUCGGUGUCAAUGCCAAGGCUAUGAAGGACCACACUGUGAAACAAAGAGCAGUAGGUCUUCAUCCAGAGGGGAUAUUCCAAGACCUGCUGGUCUGAAGAAGAAGAGCAGACAGAGGAAGAGCCAUCAGGAGCUUCUGCAUCACUACAAGCUACACCGUCGGAGACACACUGCCUGACGUGCACUCAGGAGCAUACGGACACUUCAGAAUCAGGGUGUUUGUGGAUGGAGAUAAAAAGAAACCUGAUGUGUUUUUGCUAUUUUUUUUCAGUAUUUAAAGUUGUAUUAAGUGUCAAUAAGUACCUCUACUGUACUGUUUUAUGUCUCUACUGGUGUAUCCCUUUUGGCUCUUGUCAGUUGUGUGAAUUCCUCCCCACAUCCAUGUCUGCAUGGUUCUCUUGGACAUUUUUGCAUGUGAACUUAAAAAUUAUGUCUCUCCCAAUACAAGAUUAAUUCUAAGAGUAUAAUCACUACAGCUUUCUUUGUUUUUGUGCAGACAAACUGCAAAAUGUGUUAUAUUUUCAUAUUUCAGAUUGUAUAAUUUCACUUUAAAAGGCUAGGUUUGGGCUAGUCUUACAUAAAAGUACAGAGUUACACUAUUUUAUGGAUGAACAAACUUAUGCUUGGACCGAAAUGAAAGCAGUAACCAUUUUAAAUGAUCUUGUAAGGCAAGUUAUUUAAAUUAACCUCUAAAAGAAACAUUUUUUAACACAGCAGGAAAAAAUAUUUUAAUUACCCUGUAUAUAUUUGUUGCUUCAGCUUAUCUGUAUCUUUUAUGUCAGUUUUCAACAAAUAAAAUGGGGGAAAAAAAACUUUUAAAAGCAAAAAGAAGAAUUUUCAUAAACAAUUUCAAGC